AUGGCCAGAAACAGAUUCAAGGCAAUAUUAUCAAACCUGCAUUUGAAUGACAAUUCAACUUACAUUCUAAAAAGUCAAUCUGAACAUUGCCCCACGCAUAAAAUCAGGCCAAUCCUGGAUCAUUUCUUAUUAGAAUCACAAAAAACAUUUUACCCAUCAGAAAACCUCACUAUUGAUGAAGGCAUGUGUGGUUUUCAUGGAAGAAUUGUAUUUCGGGUUUACAUAAAAAAUAAACCUGACAAGUAUGGAACCAAGAUGUUUAUUGUGUGCAAUUCCAAAACUGGUUAUGUUCUUAGAUUGGAGGUAUAUGCUGGGAAAGGAACACAAGACAACUCCAUACUACCAUUAUUUGAGAGGUUGCUAGCAGAUUACCUGGGAAAAGGCCACACUGUUUACAGAUUUUAUAGUUCACCAGCAGUAUUCGAUUUUCUGUGGCAACAUAAAAUGAAAGCAGUAGGUACAUGCAUGACUAACUGGAAAGAGCUACCAAACGAAAUUGUUUCCAAAAAACUGAAAAGGGUUGAGUCUAUGUCAAUGAGGAGAAAUCAUCAGCUUUGUUUGAAGUGGAAAGACACAAGAGAUGUAUUAUUCCUGUCCACUGUGCACGAAAUUACCAUCUCUGACACGUCUGUUCAUACAAAGGAAGGUAUCAAAGUAAAAUCAAACCCAGAUGCCAUUCUUGACUAUAAUAUUUACAAAACAGGGGUUGAUAGGAGUGAUCAAAUGAUUUCUUACUAUGCAUUUAGGAGGAAACAGAUGAAGUGGUGGAAGAAAUUGUUCUUCCACAUGCUUAUAACAGCUGCAACAAAUGCAUUUGUCUUAUACCGGGAAACCAGGACUCCUGCUCAAAGAAAGAGCUGUACAAAUUUGGCACUAGACAAUGUUCCUAGUGAAACUCACAGCAACAGACUUCUAGGACGACACUUUGCAGAAAAAAUUCCAGUCACUGAGAAGAAAGAGUGUCCAACUAGAGUGUGUAAAGUUUGCUCGGAAGAAACAAAAAAACAAGAAAAUGUGGCAAAACAGGUUGGAAGGAAACCAGUUGGUGGUGUCCAGACUACAAUGUACCACUCUGGAUUCCAGAAUGCUUCAAAAUCUUCCACACUGAAGCUAAUUACCUGUGAAUUUACACAAAACUAA